AUGACAGACAGGCAAGGAGAUAAACCUCCCCCACCCCCCUUUUUAUCUCCACAGCACUUCACAGAGUUCCUGGAUGAGUUUUCACCCGAUGUCCUAGGCCAGCUCUUGAAUGACCCCUUCUUGUCUGAGAAGAAUGAAAUAAUGGAGGUGGAACUGUCUCCAGCAUCCCCAGCACCCCUCAUCCAGGCAGAGCACAGCUACUCCCUCUGCGGGGACUCUCGACCCCAGUCUCCCUUGACCCACAUCUCGACUGAUGACAACUUUAAUGAAGGUGACCUGGAAAAUGAGGAAUGGUGUCUGGGUACAGAGCUGACUCCAGCAGCCAUAAAGACUGAGCCAGCAUUGUGUGAGACGUCAGGCCUUGCUCCCUCAGUCAGUCUCACUGUCACGGCCACGUCGCUGGAGGGGGAACAGCCUGAACUACAGAUGGAUGCCCUGAUGAAACCACUGAGCCAGAAAGUUCUUCCAGAGAUUAAAUUGGAGCCCCAUGAAGUGGAUCAGUUCUUGAACCUCUCUUCUAAGGAAG